AUGAGCAAUGGUGAGGUGAGCAUGCUGCUUAUCCGAGUUGGAGUAAGCAAAUCAGAGGACCGAGCCAUCGCCGACCCAGUCUUUGCUGCGCAUCGGCUGCAGACAUCCGAAUCGAUUGAGCCAUUGUCCAGUGAUUUAUUGGAGUUUAUAAGCAGUAGUGACACCCCGCUUCUUUCCUACGCCGGAAUUCGUCUCGCAGCGUUGGAGAGACAAUCGCCCAACAUGGACACUCUACUCGAGAAGCUCGACAUAACAAACCGCCCUGAUGAAUGGAAGAUCGAGCAGGGUCUCGCCGCUCACAAACUUCCCAUUCUGGAUCAGAGUGGAGAGGAGGCGGUCCAUAUUUAUCCGCCCAAGCAAAAACCGAGGGUGAAGGAUGAGGAAGCCAUCGCUUCCGUUGGGAACCGCGAUGAGUUGUUCAAGAGGGAGCGAGAGGGAUGGAAAGGAUAUGUCGAGUGGGAAAACUACCCCGAGAAGAAGGCGCAGGCGCACAAGAUCCUCACCUCGCAGACCUUUGAUCCCACUCCGGACUUCAUGUUCGGCCCCAUCCCGGAUACUAACCCCGUCCUGACCGGCGAAGACUUCAAGCAGUGGCAUUGGGCUCUAGGUGGGGAGCUGGCCAGUGUUCCCGAUGACUCGUGGGAGAUUGUGCUGAAAGAAAAACACCCGGACAUGCUGCAUCUGCUGCAAUUCCCAUACAAUGCCGAGCCUCCAAAGCGACUGGUCACGUCCAAAGCGAUCACACCGAACCCGCUGCACUUUGUACGCAACCAUGGCGGAAUCCCGCUUAUCGACAAGGACAAGUGGAGUCUCAGUCUUGACGGUUUAGUCCACAACCCCAAGACGUACACACUCGACGAUCUCAUGGAUGAGUCACGCUUUCCGCAGAUCGAGAAGGAGGCUACCAUUCAGUGCUCGGGAACCCGGCGCAUUGAGCAGAUCACUAAAUACGGCGGACAGGGCGAUGAGGUACCUCAGGCACCGUGGGCUGAAGGCGCGAUCGGCACUGCGCGAUACAAGGGAAUCAGCUUGAAGAAGCUGAUCAAGGAUUGCGGCGGCUUGGUCAAACCUGCAAAGCACCUUGAAUUCUACGGGGCAGAGACAUACGUCAAGGAUCUCGAGGUCAUGAACUACCUUGUCAGCGUGCCGUGGACCAAGGUGAAAGCCAACGAAGUCAUUCUCGCCUGGGAAAUGAACGGCGAGCCACUCCCCAAGAUCCACGGGUAUCCUCUGCGCGUCGUCGUGCUCGGAUACAUUGGCGCCCGCAGCGUCAAGUGGCUCUACCGCAUCAAAGCAAUCGAGAACCCAUCGCUCGCACCCGUUCAAAGCAGAGAAUACCUCUACUUCAACCAGCAAGUCGGCAAAUACAACCAGCGCCCGACCGACGGAAUUCAGAUCCAAGAAAUGCCCGUCAGUUCCGCGAUCAUGUCCCCCUGGAACAAACAAGCAAUCAUCCACAACGGCAAAAUCCACUGCAAGGGCUGGGCCUAUUCGGGCGGUGGCCGCUGGCCCGAACGCGUCGAGCUCUCGGCCGACGGCGGCUUCUCCUGGUACGCGGUGCCAGAAGAGAACCUGUCCAAAAAGGGCCGCUGGAUCUGGCGCACGUGGGAAAUCGACCUCCCCUGUGAGGUUGAGGGGUGGAUUGAGAUUGUCUGCCGGUGCUGGGAUAACGCGAUCAACACGCAGCCGCUGGAGGUGCGGGCGGCGUGGAAUUGGGGGCUGCAUGUCACGCACUCGGCCCAUCGGAUCAGUGUGUACAGUAUCAAUAAGAGCCGGGCGCUCACGAGGGAGCGCAUUGAGACGAUGAACAAGCUGGGCGUUCCGCUCGCGCCGCUAACGGAGUAUCAGGCUGUGUCGAGUCAGUCGUGGGAGGAGUAUAAUGCGUACUGGAAGGCGCAUGAGCCGAGGGAUGUGGAUGAUUGA